AUGGCUGUGAUCUUUUCUCACCUGAAAAAAAACAACAACAGUGCUGGUGUCGGGAGAACUGGAGCGUACAUCGCAGUGGCCGGGAUGUUGUCGCAGUUGGCAGCCGAAGGUCGAUUAGAUUUGCCGGGAUUCCUUCGCCACAUCCGGAACCAGAGAAGCUUCCUCGUGCAAACGGUGGAGCAGUACGUGAGCGUACAUGAAGUGCUGCUCGUCGCAUGUGAGAUCGGGGACACGGAAAUAUCCCUGCCUUGUUUGCAGCCGAGAUUGAAGCAAUUGUUGACCCACAAAGACAGUCUCUUCAAGCAGUGGAAGUUUCUAAAUGGACCUGGAAAGCCGAGCAAUGACGUGACAAGUGCGUUGACCGACUGCAACCGACACAAAAACCGGGAUCUAGAAUUCCUGCCGACGGAUGAUUGUCGGGUCCCUCUUACUCCUCGUCUCGUCUCCCACGACAGGGACCAAUGUGACUUCGUCAAUGCCAGUUGGACGUCAGGCUUUUAUAGCUCGAGAGAGCUCAUCAUCACGCAGCAUCCGAUGGAAAAAACAAUCGGAGAUUUCUGGAGACUCGUUUGGGAACAAAACUGCCAGACAAUCGUAUUGUUUUCUGCUCCGGAUUAUCAGUUUUACCCCUGCUUUUGGCCCGAGGCCCCCCAAGACAGUUUGCACAUCGAGGGCCUGAAAAUCACUCUGGAAGAGGAGCAUAGUUUAUGCGGGCUGCCGGAAUUGCAUCUCAAGAUGCGACCAGAACGUGACGCUGUCGCUUCGGGAGCAGUUCAGCCGGAUCAGCCGUUCUCUGUCACUUUGCUGCUUGCUCCAGGCUGGCCGCACGCCAUGGCCCACCCUGUGGCACUCGUGAAUGAAGUGACGGUGUCGCAUGCCCUGAGAUCCCGUGGUUCUCCCAUCCUCGUCGUCGACAAACUCGGUGGUGUGGAAGCUGCCACAUUUUGCACCCUGGCAACAACAUUGGCGCAGUUUGCCGAGGAAAAGCGAGGAAAUUUGUUCCAAGCAGCGGCUUUGGUGCAAAAGUCACGACCUCAUUGCUGGAGACGACAGGAGGAUUUCAACUUCAUUUAUCGGAUGGCCAAGGGACUCGAAGAGUUCUGCACGUCACGAAACGGCUACGUUCAUGCCAAGAGGAAUUCAUGGUCGUCGAUUUCGCCAUUGCCGCCGUCGGCCUUGUCUGCUGGGAUCGGAACUUUGCCCAAGUUUCCGUCCCGAGGCAUUGUAGCCCCCCAGGCGUCCCACUACGGAACUGUUUCGAGAGUGCCGACGUCACAAACGUACUUGCCGCCAUCGCACGACGUCUAUGCGAGAUUCCAGAAGGCAGGUGGCGGCGGUUCUCCGUCAGGAAUUGGCCAAUAUUCUACGCUUCCGACUAUGACUCAGAUGGACAUGUACCAACAACGACACCGACCGGAUCUCCUGAUGGCAGCAGGCAACUACAACCAAGCGUCACCAGGAAACGUAAUCACGACCUACUAUAAUCCAGGAAUGGUUUCCCACCCGAGAUCAGUGACAUCUCCGACAAAUGUCGAUUGGUCUUCUAUUUCUGUCCCGCCGAGCGUCGACAAAGGUUAUGGCAGCGGAAGUAGCAACGGAAGUGGUGUUCUGCGAAGUCUCAGCGAAGUUUCCGUCGUCACUGUCGUCGAAAAUGACGGUGGACACAGGGCACCGCCCGAAGGCAUGGAAACCGUGCUGGCAACGCUGGACUGUCAGCGGAUGAAGAACAACCAAACUGUGAACGCUCUCUAGAAGCCCACCGCUUAAACGACAAUGCGAUCUCUGUCAAAUUCUUUUAUAGGUGUCGCUUCCCUCCCCUUCUUUUUGUACCGCGCUUGAAUAAUCGACAGUCGAGACUAUAUCUUUUUAAGUUAUGCUUUUCUUUCAUGUGCUUUUUGUACUGUUCCAAAGCUCUGUGAUAUUUCUAGCCUCUUUUCGGUGGCGAGUUCACUCAACACUGCAUGACGAGGCUUGGAAACAUUUAUAAUGUACAUGAUUGAUUCCUUUACAUCCAAGAAGGUUGUUUCAGUUGUGCAAUUGUUUGGUUGAUUUUGGAAGCCGUGUGUGAGAGAUUUUUUCAUAUUAAUGGAAAAAAGUGAGCAAGUUUUUGUGAGAUGUCGUUGUGGAACAUAAUGGGGUUAGAUUUUUUGGACGACCUCCAGCAAUUGAGGAGGAAAACUAGAUCACGGUUAAUCGAGGCGUUCGGGAAGGAGUAUUGUCGUUUUUUGCCCUAUAGAGGGGAAGAAUGGAAACCACGCAUGUCGCUUGCAGUAUUUUAAGCGAUGUGAUUGACAGGAAAACGAAGGGAAAUGGUUGCAUUCUUCCGGAACGCAAUUUGUGUCAAAUUCGGUGUUCUUAAUGUGUGGCUUUUUUGCUCAAGCGAGAAACUGAGAGAAACAAUUGUUUUUUCUUCUAUCUCUUGCCCCCGUUGGCGACUCUGAACGAACAGUUCUUCGCGUGACGGUAUUUUCUCUGGUGUCCGGGUGACGAGGUUUUCUUUAGUUUCGGAAAAACAGUGUUUUAGUUCGGAUUUAUGAAUGAAUGCCCCUGUGUUCUGUAGCUUUUAGUCCGAUGAUGGAUUUUGUUUGUGAGUCAGGAAAUUUCUGUAAUGAACAGCGUUUUAUAUUCUGCUGCGAAA